CUUUGUGUGGUCCGUUUUAGUGACAGCAUUCCCACUUUUAUUAUCACUUCCGGUACUGGCAGGGGCUAUUACCAUGUUAUUAACCGAUCGAAACUUUAAUACAACCUUUUCUGAUCCCGCUGGAGGGGGAGACCCCAUAUUAUACCAGCAUCUCUUUUGGUUCUUCGGUCACCCUGAAGUUUACAUCCUAAUUCUGCCUGGAUCCGGUAUCAUAAGUCAUAUCGUUUCGACUUUUUCGGGUAAACCGGUUUUCGGGUAUCUAGGCAUGGUUUAUGCCAUGAUCAGUAUAGGUGUUCUUGGAUUUCUUGUUUGGGCUCAUCAUAUGUUUACUGUGGGCUUAGACGUUGAUACCCGUGCCUACUUCACCGCUGCUACCAUGAUCAUAGCAGUCCCCACUGGAAUCAAAAUCUUUAGUUGGAUCGCUACCAUGUGGGGUUCGAUACAAUAUAAAACACCCAUGUUAUUUGCUGUAGGGUCCAUCUUUUUGUUCACCAUAGGAGGACUCACUGGAAUAGUCCCGACAAAUUCAGGGCUAGACAUUGCUCUACAUGAUACUUAUUAUGUGGUUGCACAUUUCCAUUAUGUACUUUCUAUGGAAGCCGUUUUUGCUUUAUUUGCAGGAUUUCACUAUUGGGUGGGUAAAAUCUUUGGUCGGACAUACCUUGAAACUUUAGGUCAAAUCCAUUUUUGGAUCACUUUUUUCGGGGUUAAUCUAACCUUCUUUCCUAUGCAUUUCUUAGGGCUUUCAGGUAUGCCACGUCGCAUUCCUGAUUAUUCAGAUGCUUACGCUGGAUGGAAUGCCCUUAGCAGUUUCGGCUCUUAUAUAUCCGUAGUUGGGAUUCGUCGUUUCUUCGUGGUCGUAACAAUCACUUCAAGCAGUGGAAAUAACAAAAGAUGUGCUCCAAGUCCUUGGGCUGUUGAAUAGAAU